AUGCCGAUAAACCCGCCUAGCCACAGAAUUCAAUCAGAGAAAAGAAAAGAAUUACCUUUUAUCAUUUUAACAGGACGGACAUUUCCAAAGAAGGGUCAGACGUGUGUGGUGCACUACACAGGGAUGCUACAGAAUGGAAAGAAGUUUGAUUCCUCCAGAGACCGAAACAAGCCCUUUAGGUUCAAGAUCGGCAGGCAAGAAGUCAUUAAAGGGUUUGAAGAAGGUGUUACACAGAUGAGCUUAGGACAAAGAGCCAAGUUGACCUGCACACCCGAGAUGGCCUAUGGAGCCACAGGCCACCCGGGGGUCAUCCCUCCCAACGCUACGCUGCUCUUCGACGUGGAGCUUCUCAGGUUGGAGUGAACCUUCCCAGGGAGGUGGCUGGAGACAUCUGUUAAUACCCAUCCCCUCCUCCUUGCCUCGCCAGCGGAGGAGGAGUCUUCACUGGAAUCCCAAUCUUCCCUGCUCAAGCUGUCCUGUCCGUAGCGCCUGCUGUUCUGUUUCUUGCGCCUUCCUCCUCUUUUUUAACUUUGUGGUGUCCGUAUUUGCCUUUUAUCAGAAGCUUUGCCUGAGGAAAAACGUCUACCGUUGUAACAUUCUCAAGUUGUACAUUUUAUUUAAUUUGCAUGUAAGAAGAAUUCAGUGAUGAUUGAAAAUAUCUAUAAAUAUAAAUAUAUAUAUAUUCCUUAUUGAAAAACCACUGCCUUACUGUACACUUAAACCAAG